AUGGCGCUCAACACGAGAGAUCGCAAGAUCUACAGGACCGACGACAAAGAUAAUCAAGGCUUUAUCAGCGAGCAGAACAGGAGAAAAAUCAUUGAGAACUAUCUCCCAAAAGAAGAACCCGAAGAAAACACACGGCGACAAUGGCGAGAGGAUGACGUUCCGCCGCCAAGCAGGUUUGGUCUGCGACGCGCGCUCCGUUCGAAACUUCACCUGUUCCUCUACACCUUCAUGCAUGCCUUCUUCUCUCUCUACAUAAGGAUACGACAGGCAUGGCACUUGGUGUGCUACCAUGUCUCUUCUGUCAUGUUCUAUCACCACCGGACGCCGGAAUACAUUGAGCGCGACGUGGUAGGGUUGAAAAAGAAGCCCAAGCACCUCAGUGUUAUUUUGAAGAUGGAACAGGGCGGCAGACAUGGCGCUGAGCUGGAGAGACUGGUGGGCGAGGCCGCUGAGAUUGCCGUCUGGUGUGUCUGCGCUAGAAUCCCCGUCCUGACGGUGUACGAACGGACAGGUCUUCUCAAGCGAUACCUGCCACACCUUCAGCAGUCCAUCAUCCAAAAGUCUCGAUCCUACUUUGGCCGACACCAGCCCGCCCUCACCGUAGCCAUGCCCCACGCCGACGAGAUUCUCAAGUCCCCAGCACAUGGCGACUUUGCCGGUGUUGACCCCCGCCAUCUCAAGGUUGUGUUCAUUUCUGCCGAGGACGGCCGCGAGUCCAUGGUCGAUCUCACCCGCACACUGGCCGAAAUGUCACAAAAGGGCAAGAUUCACCCUCGCGACAUUAGCACAGACUUGAUCGACGCUGAACUCUCCGAGGGCAUCAUGUCUGAGCCCGACCUGCUCAUUCAUUUCGGCCCCUACGUUGAUCUGGAUGGCUACCCUCCCUGGCCUAUCCGCCUGACGGAGAUAUUUUGUCUACCUGACAACCAGGGUGUCGGAUAUCAAGUCUUCUUGAGAGCUCUGCGCAAUUUCGCCAAUGCGCAGUUCCGUAAAGGCAAAUAA